AUGUCGCGAAGUGAUGGUAAAUCCGAAUCGAAGAGCACUCGUAGAAAUGGUGUGAACAGUGAAGAUAAUGCUGCUGGUGGUGAUGGUGGUGGUAUUACGGAAGUGGUGAUAUUGGAGGAAACCGUGGAAGGACAUACCUGUAGAGCUUGUCAAGGUCCUGACACCGAAGAGAUGGUUCAGUGCGACGUAUGUGAUCGAUGGCACCACUUUUCCUGUGUAGGCGUAUCGGAGGAAGUUGCCGACAAGAGCUGGAGUUGUACUAACUGCGUGACUGCGAAAUGGGUCCAGCGAACUAAGGCAGCUUCGGACGGAGCACCAAUAAAGGAAGACGUCAUCCAGAAUCGGAGAUCGCUGCAAGACCUAAGCAUCGGGAAAAUCGUGACAAGCACCCGUGGCAAUCCAGUAAUUCCUUCAGCUACAACAUCACAAAAGUCAGCUAAGUCGCUGACAGUUCCGUUGGCCAGCCAUCAUCCAGCACCUCUGGUUCCAGUGCCCGAUCAGAAGCAGCAGACUUCGACACAUAGCAUAGAUAUACCAUUGAUUGGCUCUGGAAUUCGUUCGGAUCCAGCGUCGCAAAAAUAUUUGAAGUCAUUACCAGUUUCGUUGGCCAGUAAACACCAAACGUGUCCAGAUCUAGGGUUCAGCCAGCAGAAGCAGAAGUCGUCGUUACCAGCUGUAGUGUUGCCAGUGAUCGAUGCAGAGGAAGCGAUUUCCGAAAUGUCCAUCUCCUCAUCACAAAAGUCUGCAACAAACCGCGCCAAGCUUCAACUAAUGAGAUUGCAGGAAGAACGGGCAUUUCAGCAGCAGCAAGAAGAGCGCAGAAGAAUCUCUGAGGAAAAGGCAGCCCAAGAGUAUAAGGAAUAUCUGGACAACAAAUAUAAGAUUCUGGAGGAUUUAGCGAGCGAACGAGGAUCGAGUCGGAGCUCUAACUUCUCUCGUCGUCGGGUUGAAGAAUGGGUGCAAGCAACUAACCCUACACCCUUAGACACAGCUAAAACCGCCGCUCAGGAACAAGACGGCCUGCAAGAACAACAACAGCAGGAACAUCGGCGUCAAGAGUUUGUCGAGCAACAGCAGCAGGAACGGUUGCGGCAAGAACAGCUUCGAGAAAAACAACAGCAGCAGGAAGCGACACUGCAAGAACAGCAUCAGCAACAACGGUUGCACGCAGAUCAGCUACGGAAGCAGCAGCAGAAGCAGUUGGAGAGAGAGCAGCAAUUUCGGCAGUAUCAACAGCAGCAGCGGCAAGAGCAAAUACGUCAGGAGAGUCUUCUGCGACAGCAACAGGAAGAUUUGAGGAAGGAAGCGGAUGCCAUCAAUCGGAUGUGGGAACAGCAGUUGGAACAGGAGAGAAUUCUACGCGACCAGCAACAACAGCUAGCGGAUGGUCAAGGGGUCAUGCGACGACCAGGAAAUCUAAUUCAUUGCAACCAGAUGCCAGAACCACAACUCAACCCUCCACCGGUGAAUCUCGAAGCAGAGUCAUGCAGAGAGUCGAUACGUGAGCAACCUGGACAAUUCCUUCCAGACGCUCUACCGCAGUCGACGCAACUUCAUCCGAGAGAAUCGUAUUAUCCGCAUAGACCUUCUAUGAAUACAGGCGACAGAAAUAGAGGGCCUUCAGUUAACUCGUCGAUUGUGGAUGAUGAUGACCAGUUUCAACUUUCCCGCUCUCAAGUUGCAGCACGACAAGCAGUAUCCAAAGAUCUGCCUACGUUUUCGGGCAAUCCAGAGGAGUGGCCAGUUUUCAUAUCCAUGUAUAAUCGAACGACCACAAUGUGUGGAUUUACGGAGGAUGAAAACAUAGUUCGACUGCAGAAAAGCCUAAAAGGCAGAGCUUACGAUGCUGUCAAGAGUCGCUUGAUGCAUUCCGGAAACGUUCCUGGCAUUCUGUCCACUUUGAAGAUGCUGUUUGGUCAACCAGAGGUGAUCAUACAAUCGCUAAUUGGGAAGGUGAGCUUUUUAUCGUCGAUUCGAGAAGACAAGCUGGAAACGCUAGUGGACUUUGCGGUGAAUGUCCAAAACUUCAGUGCCACUGUAGACGCGUGUGGGCUGCAUGAGUAUAUGUACAAUGUCACUCUACUACACCAGCUAGUCGGCAAGCUACCGCCAUCGCUCAAACUCAACUGGGCACAGCAUCGUCGAACACUGUCACUGGUCAAUCUGGCGACCUUCAGUGACUGGAUUCAUGCCUUGGCGGAAGCAGCGAGUGUUGUCGUAUUCCCACCGGCGAUACAUGACGGGAAGCCAACUCAAAACGAAGCGUGGCGGACUAAGAAAAGAAAUGCGUACCUCAACGCCCAUUCUGAAACGUUUCGUUCUAAAGACUACAGUAGCGAUUCGGAAGAACAGACUACAGUUGCAUCAACUUCGGCGAAGGAAUCCUGCCAAAUCUGCAAGGGAACUUGCAAGUCGGCCGACAAGUGCAAACGUUUUCUGGAACUGUCCAGGGAAUCACGUUGGGCCGUCAUAAGGGAAUUUGAAUUCUGCCGCACAUGUCUGCGCAUCCAUAAAGGAUACAGCAAAGCAAAACCAUGUGGUAAAGAUGGAUGCACCUACCGGCACCAUGAGCUGUUGCACAACAAUUCGAAGGAAAAUCCGAAAAACACCGGAAGUACCACUGAAGGUGAACAAUCUUCGCAAUCCAGCACUAGCAAGUCCGGAUGCAACACCCACCAGACAACCGUCAGCUCAGUACUGUUUCGUUAUCUCCCAGUAGUGUUGUAUGGAAAAAAUACAGCUAUUUGCACGUACGCAUUCUUGGAUGAGGGUUCUGCGCUUACGUUGCUUGAUCAAGAGCUAGCUAACGAAUUGCAGCUUGAUGGCACUGUAAGCCCUUUGUGUCUCCGAUGGACUGGAGGAACCGAACGACACGAGGCGGAUUCUCACAUCUAUAAUCUUCACAUUGCUGGUGGCAAGAACGAAAGCAAGAAAUUCCUCUUGAGCGAUGUUAGGACGGUUAAAGAGCUAUUGUUGCCGCAGAAAACGAUGGACAUGGCUAAGUUGUCACAGCUGUACCCACACCUUCGAAAUCUGCCGAUCGAUUCUUAUCGCGACGCUCGUCCACGCAUUCUAAUAGGGAUGAAGCACGCCCUGCUCAGUCUUGGCCUGAAAAAUCGAGAAGGGGAAAUCGGUCAACCAAUUGCUGUGAAGACACGGCUCGGAUGGACCGUGUGUGGAGGAUGGACUUCCCAGAACGAAGCGAGCCUACACCAUUACACCUUCCACGUUUGCCCCUGUAGUGUGAAGUCAGACGAGGAUUUACACCAAGCUAUGAAGGACUACUUCUCAAUAGACAGUCUCGGGUUGGUUAAAUCGGAGAAGGCGCUUUUGUCCGUUGAAGAUGAACGUGCAGUAUCACUGCUUCAGUCGCUUACCCGUCGUAAAGAUGAUCGAUACGAGUCCGGGCUGCUCUGGCGGUUCGAUGACGCCCGCUUGCCUGACAGUCGAUCAAUGGCGCUGUGGCGAUUCCAGUGCCUGAAGAAACGGAUGGAGAAGGACCCACAACUGUCUAAUACCCUGCAAGCAAAAAUUGCCAAGUAUGUGGAGAAGCAGUACAUCCGGAAGCUCACCGACGAAGAAAUCAACCAGAAGGUUCCACGACGCUGCACUGCUCAGUUAGUGAAAAAUACCCAUGCGGAACGAUUCGCGAGCAAAUAUCCAGCUGCCUGCGAAGCUAUCACGAAGUCGCAUUACGUAGACGAUAUGCUCGUUAGUGUGGAUACCGAAGAGCAAGCCAUCCAGUUGGCGAAGGACGUUAAGCAUGUACACGAGCAGGGCGGCUUCGAAAUCCGAAAUUGGGUUAGUAACUCGAGAAAAGUACUUGAAUCGCUACAGGAGGCAGACACCGACAAAAAAUGUCUCGACUUAUCUCCGGAGCUGGCCACCGAGAAGGUGUUAGGCAUGUGGUGGAACACGAGCUACGACGUCUUCACCUACAAAGUGGGAUGGAGCCGCUACGACUCUGCUCUGCUAGGAGGACAACGACGUCCAACGAAGCGGGAAGUGCUGCAUCCUGCUCCAGCUAAUCUGGCGGUCCGGUGUGCAUGGGACGAAGAAAUCGACGACAAUGCAUACGAAAAAUGGAACACAUGGUUGCAAGUUCUACCUAGGGUUGAACAGAUUCAAAUCCCUCGAUGCUACAACUCCAAAUACCCCGCGGAGGAAGCCGAUGAUAUCCAACUCCAUACAAUGGUGGAUGCCAGUGAAAACGGCAUGGCCGCUGUUUGCUAUCUGCGUUUCGUCAAGACCGGAACGAUCAUCUGUUCCAUCGUCGCCGCAAAACCGAGAGUCGCCCCGCUUAAGUUCACGUCGAUCCCAAGAAUGGAACUAGCAGCUGCAGUCCUUGGCGCCCGGUUGGCUCACGCUGUCGAAAGAUCGCUGUCCAUCCACAUCUUCAGAAAGGUGUACUGGUCAGAUUCUCGAGACGUCCUAUGCUGGAUCAACUUGGACCAUCGCCACUAUAGCCAAUACGUUGGUAACAGGAUCAGUGAGAUUGUAGAGAUUUCGGAAACACAUGAAUGGCGGUGGGUCCCGCGCAAGCUGAACUGCGCCGAUGACGCUACCAAGUGGAGUAGGCUACCAGAUAUGUCAUCUAAUCAUAGAUGGUACAAAGGAGCAGACUUUCUCUGGCGCGCUGAAGAAGAUUGGCCUCCAUCGCCAACACUUAGUGGAUCUACAGAGAACGAACUUCGCCCUUCCUUCCUGGCUCAUCACGAACUAUCGGAACCCGUCAUAAGUGUCAGCAACUACUCAAGCUGGAAGAGGCUCGUCAAGGUUGCAGCACUCGUUCAUCGUUUUGCGAGUAAUUGUCGCCUGAAGCACGCCAGGAGGCCGAUUCUUACGGGAACACUCACAGCAAACGACCUGCUUUCCGCCGAGUGUUUGCUGAUACGGCUCGCGCAACGGGAAACAUAUCCCGACGAAAUUGCUGUUCUUCAGAAGGCAUCGCGAUGUCCUGACUCCUGCACAAGUACUAUCCCGAAAACCAGCUCACUCUACCCGUUAACACCAUGGUUGGACGACCAUGGAAUCAUGCGUAUGCAAACUCGUAUCGCUGCUUGUCAAUAUGCUACUGAUGACGCAAAGCACCCAAUUAUUCUCCAUCGAAAUCACCACACCACCACCCUGAUCGUAGCAUACUACCACCACAAAUACCACCAUCAGAACCACGAGACCGUUAUCAACGAAAUACGGCAGAAAUUUCGCAACCCUCAUUUACGCACCUGUUACGAGCGAGUGAGGAAAACUUGCCAGUGGUGUAAGAACCAGCACGCAGCACCCAGCCCACCUUACAUGGCAGAUCUUCCGCCAGCCCGCCUCGCUGCUUUCUCGCGACCAUUUACAUAUGUGGGAGUUGACUACUUCGGGCCGAUUGAAGUCGUCGUCGGAAGGAGAGUCGAAAAGCGGUGGGGAAUGUUAGCCACCUGCCUGACCGUGCGAGCAAUCCACAUAGAAGUCGUGCACUCGCUUUGCACAAGCUCCUGCAUCAUGGCGAUCCACAACUUCAUUGCACGGCGUGGUACUCCUCAGAAGAUUUACAGUGACCGUGGCACGAACUUCAUCGGUGCAAAUCGGGAAUUGAAGCAAGCCAACGAAGCAGUCCACCAACACGAACUGAUGAAAGAGUUCACGAGCUCCGGAAUUGAAUGGGUGUUCAACCCACCUCUGUCGCCACAUAUGGGUGGCAGUUGGGAGCGAUUGAUUCGCACCGUCAAGAACAACUUGAUGGUUGUAUGUUCGUCGAAGAGGCCGUCCGACGAAGUACUCCGCAACUUGUUGAUCGAAGUGCAGAACACCGUGAACUCGCUACCGCUAACGCACGUGCCGAUAGACGAGGAUUCGGCACCAGCACUGACACCGAACCACUUUCUGCUCGGCUCGUCCAACGGGUCAAAACCGCUUGUUAACUUUGAUGAUACCGGUGCGAUCUUAAGGCAGAACUGGUGCACAUCGCAGAUACUUGCAAACCAAUACUGGAAGCGUUGGGUAUCGGACUACCUGCCAGAGAUUACCCGCCGUACCAAGUGGUUUCGUCGGGUAAAGCCGAUUGCCGUGGGCGAUAUUGUGGUCAUCGCCGAUUCCAACAUGCCCCGCAACUGUUGGCCGAAGGGGAAAGUCGUCGGCAUUAAAGUCAGCCAGGACGACCAGGUUCGGUCCGCAACCGUAAGAACAGUGAGUGGUAUCUACGACCGCCCGGCGACGAAGCUUGCUGUUUUAGACGUCCGGUGCGACGGAGAGUAA